AUGAGGAAAUCUAGUCUGAAGCUUAAUUCAUCUUCUCAAGCAAUUAAUAAUUCAGGAUCAGGAAUUCAUGAAGUCGGUCGAAGUGGGAGACACAAAUGGAGCUUUACAGGCUCUCAUGGCCGAAAAAACUUGGUCGGUGGCAGCAAAAGCAAAUUUAAAGAAACCAACAGAAGCGAUAAAAUUCCCAGAAGAGAACUCCGGGUGUUGGACGAAGAUGGCAAUGACGUCACUCCUCUGCGCCUGGAUCACGCAGACCCAGGAGACAUGCAGCCCAAACCAGGCAGAUUCACUCUGAAUGAAAUCUUUCCCAGUUCAGGAUCAGACCAUUUAAAAUCCUUUUCAUGUGCCAGUUUGCACUCUUCCAGGUACCAGGUGGUAACAUUCAAGUUGCCAGGGAAAAGAGCCGUUGUGAAACAACACGUAACAGAGGAGAUGUUGGAUGAGCUAAUACACAUUUGCCUCACUGAGACAGAUACCAUUUCACUGCUGGACAUACCCAGCACCUUUGUCUCAGAGGAUGAUGAUGAUGCAGAAGCAAUUAAAAAGGGAAACAUUCAAUAUGCUGAGCUUUGCAAGAACAGAUUGGGCAAUGAUAAGUAUACGGUGCGAUCAAUGCAAACAUUCGUUGGAGCACCUAAAAACAAAGAGGUCCAAUGUGACAAGAUUCUCAUGGUGGAUGAAGGAACAACUGCUACUGUCUGGGACAUCUACGACUCUUUCCACAACCAAAAUGAAACCAUGGAAAGAAAGAUGGUUGACUAUCCAGAGAGUGUCAGCAAAGUUCAAGAGAAUAAUGGUGAAAAGAGCAGCACCAGCACCAGCACACUCGGCACAGGCAGUAUCAUGAGUUCACUGUCAGAGAUGGAAAUAAGUGGCACCAGUUUAAAUGUUGAGCCCGAUCCACAGCAGAUCAUACAGUCAGAGUCAUUCCAGCACAGCUUGUUAGUGAUGAUGAGGAACCUCAUGGCAAACGUCUUUCAACCCAAACUGGCAGCUUAUAGGCAGUUGCCAAUACUAGAAGACCCUGACAGCACGGUGAAGCCUGGGUCUGAGGACCAGAGGGAGGAUGAUGAGACAAGCUGUCCAACUCCAGCGCUUGAACGUCUCUGGGCUUUCACUUGCGAGCUCACCAGAAGAUGGAACAUUACCAGCAUGGCCUGGAACAAGAUGAACUCGGAUAUCCUGGCAGUGGGCUAUGGUGACUGCAACUCCAGUUGCCAGAAACCAGGACUGAUCUGCUGCUGGUCCCUCAAAAACCCACUGUGGCCGGAGCGCGUCUUCCACUGUCAUAGUUGUGUCACAGCCCUGGAUUUCUCUGCCAACAACCCGAGCCAGCUGGCUGUGGGGAUGCUUGAUGGUACUGUAGCCCUCUACAAUGUCCAGAGUCAGGACAGCAUGGCAUGUAUCGGCAGCAGCAGUGAGUGUUUCAGAAAGCACCUGCAUCCAGUGUGGCAGGUCACCUGGAUCAAACAGGAGAUGAGAUUAUCAGGGGAGGAGAGGGUAGAAGCCCUCGUCGCUGUGUCGGCAGAUGGCAGGAUCACAAAGUGGGUCCUCGGCAGCAACGGUCUGGACUGUAUAGACUUGAUGUUGCUAAAGGAGAUUAAAAAAAACAGGACGGAGUCUCAAAGUAACAAGAAGAUGACACGUAAUGUUCCUUCCAAAGUGACGCCUGGUCUUUGUGUUGACUUCCAUCCAACAGAUUCCAGUAUCUAUCUGGCUGGCACAUGGGAGGGCUUCAUCCACAAGUGCUCCUCUUCCAACAGACAGCAUUUUCUGGAUACUUACAAAAAACACUUUUGCCCUGUGAACCACCUUGAAUGGUCUCCAUUCAAUCCUGAUGUGUUCCUGAGCUGCUCCUCUGACUGGACCAUCCAGCUGUGGAAGCAGGACUGCUUUUCCCCGGUGCUGAGCUUCACGUCCACCCAGAGGGCUGUGCUCUCCGUCAGGUGGUCCCCAGUCUGGUCCACAGUGUUCGCAGCCAUCAGUGGCCGACAGGUGGAGAUCUGGGACCUGAAUACAAACAUCCUUCAACCAACCAUUGUGCACCACGCUGCACCUGGUGUGAAGAUGACGGCCCUGCUGUUUGCCUCAGGGACAAAUUGUGUCUUGGUAGGAGACAGUGAUGGACAAGUGACUGUCUACCAGCUCAGGAACCUCAGCGUGGGAGAAGGCAAGCAGGUGGACAGUUUGGAAGACAUCAUUCACCGUGUAGUUUCCAGGAACCUGUAGAGUUCAAAAACUGUUAUGUAAAAGUUUAAAUCCAUUUUGCCAUGUGGUUGCCAUUUAAACCACAAACACUAUACUUGUAAUACUUUCAGAGCCACUUCAGGUUUGUGGUUAAAUCUCUCAAGUUAAUUUAAUUGUUACCAGUUUUUGGAAAUUGAAGAAAAAUGUUGAAAAGCAUGGAAUAUUAUUUUAUAAUAUUUUAUUCAGUGUACCAUGAAGUGUAGCAUGUCUUUAUUAACAAAACGACAAGGACAAACACAGUCUAUUACAGACUGGGAAUUUGACAGUACAUUUAAAAAAUGUAGUGCAACUUGCCUGACUCCUGAAAUUUAAGGUUUAAGCGAUGAAAUUGUGAAAGUGAUCAAAUCUGCAUAGUACUUGUAUGAAAUUAAAAAAAAGGUGCAUUCAAAAAUUCACCUGAG